GACUUAUACAAGCCUCCAGGAAAGUUGAGAAUUUAUGCACAGGUACAUCAGCGCCUUAUGGCUUGAUGGAUAUUUUUCCUAGGAGGACCUGAAGCACUGGAUCCAAGGGAACUUGACAAACUGUGGACGAUCUGCUUUUCUCUUUGAUGAGAUGGACAAGAUGCACCCGGGUCUGAUCGAUGUGAUCAUGCCAUUCCUGGGACCUUCGUGGGUUGUUUACGGGACCAACUACCGCAAAGCAAUUUUCAUUUUCAUAAGCAAUGCAGGAGGAGAACAGAUUAAGGAAAUGACACUGGAUCUCUGGCAUGCCCACAAGGAUCGUGAGGAGAUCAGCCUGCAGGAUAUGGAAUCAGCCAUCUCAAAAUCUAUUUUUGAAAAUCCUCAGAGUGGAUUCUGGAAAUCUGGGAUCAUUAAUGAACAUCUCAUUGAUUUUGUUGUGCCCUUCCUCCCACUGAAGCACCACCAUGUAAAGCAAUGCGUCAUCAAUGAACUCAUCCAGCAAGGCCUAGAAGUACGUCAGGAUGUCGUCCAGGAAGUGGCUGACAGCAUCCCCUACUUCCCAGAGGAAGAGAAAAUAUUUUCAUCAACAGGCUGCAAAACAGUAGCCUCUCGGAUCAGUUUUUUCAUCUAGCCACUGGCAAGGACUCUCCUCCGAAGCUGCAUGUGGACUCUACAGCAGAUCAGACAUGACCAGCCCCCUCAGGAGACAACGUACAUGCAGCCUUGCUCAGAUUCAUAGGAUUUAGGAUGUAUAUUGAGCUGUUAAAAUGCAUAGGACUGAAGGGAUAAGCACGAGGAGCUACACAUUAUCUCCCAGUAGCAUGAGUGCUCUUCCUGCUGAACUCACCUCUCCAGCCCCAAGGAGGCAGCUGCAGGAUACGAUUGUGGGAGCAAAUACAAGUGAUGUGACUUAAAGCACUUUACUGAUUUAUUUUUUGGCCAAGUGAAGGUAGAUACUGAGCAGCGCAAUGCACCAUGAAAGACAUGCUGUGACUAAGAAGAGAAGAUGCCAAGAGGGAUAGUAGUAACAGGGAGGUUUCUCACCUGUUCCUAUCUGUGGCUCUCCCUUCUCCUGGCAGCUAUUGAGGUCUAAUCCACUGAGAUUCUGAACCUAGAAAAGGCUUUUUUUAUCUACAGCAUUUUAACAAUAUUUAUUUUUUCUUUUUUAGUGCGACUGUCUGCCUCAGUUCCUUGGUGCCGUGUGAAAACACUGGUGUUCUGACACCUGCAACACUGGCCUAUAAAAAUCUUUGAAAACAUAGUGAAAUGUGCUUUUCAGGGAAGUUUUAGAGCCAACUUCUUUCCUGUUUCCUUUCACUGUGAAUAGAUGCUGGUAAAGCCCAGUAUCAGCAUCAACCAGAGUACGUGUGUAAUGAGGGAAAAGGCAACACCUGACCUCCUGAGAGCCCAGCUCUUCCAGCCAUCCCCUUUGUCCAUCUUCCCCAGACAGCCUAAAGGAUUUCUCUGCAACCAACUGGGAGAGAAGACAUCUUGCUUGUCUUCCCAGCUACAAGAAAUUUGAAUCCUACCUCCAGAGAAGACAGCAGUGUUGCUAAUGGUUUUGAAAGUUCUUUUUAUUCAGUGAUUAUUGCUCCAGCAGGCUGAGAAGUUCUUGCUGUGGUGAACUGCUGAGCCUCUUGCAUAUACCUUCUGCUGGUCAGAUCCCACAGGCUUUGGCAGGACCAAAAUCCUUUCAGCUUCUGGAAAGCACCACUUACAACGAGGGGACCUGAGGAUAAUGCGGAGAUUAGUACUGUUGCGCACGGGGCACACAGCACUGUUGGCCUUUGCCUCCUGUUUUAAUCCCCCCCCCAUGCCGACAAGUUACUGAAGUACAGGUCAGAGGAAACCGAAUCAAUCACUCUCCGGGACCACGUUGCCCGAUGGAUGAGUGAACAGGCACAUUUAUGAAAGUCCCCAAUGCUCCUUUUGGGCUGGGGGUCUCUGCCCUACUCUGAAACAAGCUGCCAGCUUGUUACCUCCAUUCCAGCUUCCCUCCAGGGCCUGACCUUGGGCGACAGCAAUGUCGGACACUAUCCAAACGCUGCCUGGGAGCCAGUCCACGGACAGAUGCAAAUACCUUGCCUCUUUCAAAAAUGUGAUGCAUUUCUAAUUUUAAAAUAAAUCCUUUAUGAAAUAAA